AUGUCUGAUUAUGCUGAUUUGUUGGGCGUGGAAACAAAAAAGUCAUCGACGACGAGUAUUGUGGAUCAAAUAAUACGUUCUCCGAAAACGUCAUCUGUGUUGAAAGGAAAACAAAAAGAUGUCCAUUCUAUGACUCCUCUUCGCUCACCUUCAUUGGAAACACCUCGGAGGCAAUCUGCUAAACGUAAAAUUAUUCAAACAACAGACAAGUGGAGAUGGAAAGCUUUUUUGAAUCAUGCUAGAGAGGAUGGAACAGUUUUAUAUCAUUGGACUCGGGUAGAUAAUGACGAUGAAGAGCAAGUGGCUCCGAAUUAUCCUUUUGAAAUUUUAAAUAAGAAAACUAGAGUGUUUAGCUAUGAUGAUGAUGAAUAUAAAGAAAUUAUAGAACCCUUGCAUAAGGAUGAAAAUUGGAGCCGAGAAGAGACGGAUUUGUUAUUCUCAUUGUGCCAACAAUAUGACUUGCGUUUUAUUGUCAUACACGAUCGAUUUUGUAAAAGUGAACUCAAGACACAACACUCACUCACACCUCGAUCUGUGGAGGAUUUAAAAAAAAGAUACUACGACAUUUCAAAAGCUCUGUUGCAACAUCGAGCUAAAAAACGAUCCAUUCCAAAUGAUAAAUUGAAAAAACAUCCUCUCAUGGCAGUAGAGUAUGAUUAUGAUUACGAGGUGAGACGAAAACAAAAUUUAGAAAUGCUUUUCUCGCGAUCUUUAGAGACAGAAAAAAAAGAAAAUGAAUUGAGAGAGCAGCUAAAGAAAAUUGAGGCCAUUAAAAAAAAGAGAAAUGAAGAAGAACAACAAUUAAUAAGGCAAAAACAAAAAGAAGAAAAAGAACGGCUCAGACUUGAAACCAUCAAAACUGAAAAACAACGAUUACUUGAAGAAAAACUGCAAUUGGCUUCUACACCGGCCGUCUUGACAAGUAUGGAAGAGAUUGAGGAAAAAGAAGAAAAAGAGGUUGCACAACAACAAGAAGUCAACAAAUUUGAUACCUCUCUCUUUGCAAAUAUGAGAUCAGGAGUUUAUUCGAGACGAGAGUUAAUGAAGAAUUAUGACGACUAUCUCUAUCACACUGCAAUUUUAUCAAAGCUAGGUUUUGAUCUCAACACGCUCAUGCCAACAAGACGUGUGCAUGAAGCAUUUGAAACAACUCUAGUGCCCCUUCUUGAAAAGUACAUUUCUCUCUUUGGCAAGCCAAAGAUUGAUGAAUAUGAGUACUCAGACACUUCACUCCUGACAGCAGAAGAAAUGCCAGCAGAGUCUUCCUCCUCUGAUUCGAAAAAGAAACGAAAAAAGCAAUCAGGUUCUUCUGAAAAAGAUUCCCAAAAAAAGAAAAAGAAAAAGUAA